AUGUAUCAGUGCGAGCCAGGAGCUUCAGAACGCUUCCUCCUGGGCGACUCUGGCGUCGGGGAUGAGAAGCGAAUUCUGAUCUUCGGUCGAGAGUCGGCUGCUGAGUGGGUGGGUUACGUACAGCGAAUUUACGUCGAUGGGACUUUCAGUCUAGCUCCGGGACAAUUCGAGCAAUUAUUCGUGAUCCUCGCCGAUGGUGGAGGGUACGCGAUUCCCUUGUGCUACGGGCUGCUUCCAGACAAGUCGGAAGAGUCCUAUCGUCGAAUGCUCGACCUCAUCAUGGAAGCCUUCCCGGCUCUCAAUCCCUCGUCAAUCGCCAUGGACUUCGAAAUGGGUCUCAUAAACGCUUUCAGCGCGGUUUUCCCGACCGCUGAAGUCCAUGGUUGUCUCUUUCACUUGGUGAAGAAUAUGAAGAAAAAAGUUGCAUCGUUCAAUCUCCUCAGACAUUACAAUACGGAUUCGAACUUUUCUCUCUGGGCCCGGAUGAUCCCGGCGAUGGCUUUCGUGAGAAGAGAUAUGUUGGACAGAACGAUGAUGGCGCUCUUGGAGAUCUUGCCAGAGGAACUGAGACCCAUAUUCACCUACUUCGAAGUGACGUAUGUCGGUCGAAUACUGGGCGUUCGUCUGGAUGGGACGCUCAUCAGGGGUACUCCGCUGUUCCCGCAGGAAAUGUGGUCCAAUUCCGAAAGGACUCUCAGAGGUGAGAGUCGAAUGAACAACUUCGCGGAAGCAGCGCAUCGAAAACUUCAGGGCGCAUUCGGCGUCUGUCAUCCGUCGAUUCAGAAGUUCAUCGAUGGCCUCCGCCAAGUGCAGCACAAGGCAGACGCUGAGCUCGAGCAGUACAAUGCCGGUACUCUGCCGAAACCCAAAAGGCGCAGAUACCUAGACACGGAUGCCAGGUUGCUCGAGCUGGUUCGAACCAUUGAGGCUCGUGAGCCAGUAGCUUUCUUGCGAGGGGUGGCGCACAAUUUUCUCACGGAAAACUAG